AUGGAAAGUCUGAUAUUAUUAAUGAUAUUGUAUCGUAGAAAUCGACAUUUGUAUGUAAUUUUUCACGUGCCUAUUGUUAUAAGUCCUUACGAUAUUUCUACAUCAAUAUGGGUCCUCGGGCUAUUAGCAGCAGCCGGUUUCACAGCUGGACUAGAUCCAAAAGCAACAAUCCAAGAACCAGUACAACCUGUUAUUUUAUCAACAGAACCGCCAAGAACAAUAAGACAAUUAAAACCCGAACAACAAUUUGGAAGUCAUCAAAAACGACAACUUGAUGAUUUCAAUAUUGGCAACUUUGAUGAUAAUUCACCCCUCGAAUCACCCGGGCCAAUUGAUUUUGAUCUAAAAAAUCCACCCGACAUAGGAGACUCUAAAUUAAGUAGAAAUCAUUACAACACUUUUGGUCAUCAUGGUCAUCAUGAUCACAAUGAUCAUCACCAUCACGCUCAUCAUAGUCACAAACACGGUCAUCAUCACGACAAUAAACACGAUCACAAACACGGCCAUCAUCAUCACCACGGACACAAACACGGUCAUCACCAUCAUCACAAACACGGACAUCAUCACAAGGCUGAUCAUAAACAUCACGAAGAUCACAAACACGGUCAUCAUCAUCAUCACAAACACGGACAUCAUCAUGGACACAAGCACGGUCAUCAUGAAGAUCAUAAACACCAUCACGGUCAUCACCACAAGCAUCAUCAUGGUCACAAACACGGACACAAACAUGGUCACAAACACGGUCAUCACCACGGCCAUCAUCACGGACACCAUCAUGAACAUCACUCAAAACACGAACAUCACGAAGAACACAAACACCAUGGCGAACAUCAUCAUCAUCACAAACACGCCCACAAAAAUGAACACCACCAUCAUCACGAUCACCAUCACGUCAAUGAACAUCAUCACCAUCACACUCACAAAGAAAAAGAAAGUCAUCACCAUCAUCACGGACACGAACACAAAGAGGGACACAAACACGGACACAAGCACGGUCAUCAUCACGGACAUCAUCAUCACCACAAACACGGUCAUCACGAGAAACAUCAUCACGGACAUCACGAGGAUCAUCAUCACAAGCAUGGACAUCAUCACAAACACGGACAUCACGAGCAUCACAAACACGGACAUCAUCAGGAUCAUCAUCACAAGCAUGGACAUCAUCACAAACACGGUCAUCAUGAAGAACACAAACACGGACAUCACGAGCAUCACAAACAUGGACAUCACGAGCACCAUCAUCAUAAACAUGGUCAUCAUCACAAACACGGACACAAGGAAGAUCAUCAUCAUCACCACCAUGAGGAUCAUAAACACCAUCAUCAUGAGGAUCACAAGCAUCAUCAUCAUGAGCAUCACAAACAUGGACAUCAUCACAAGCAAGAACACAAACAUGGUCAUCAUCAUAAACACCAUCACGAUCAUCAUGAACAUCACAAGCAUCACGAGGAUCAUAAACAUCACGAGGGACAUAAACACAAACACGAUCAUCAUCAUGGACAUAAGCAUCAUCAUGACGAUCAUCACAAGCACAAGCAUCAUGAGGAUCAUCAUCAUAAACAUCACGAGGAUCAUCAUCAUCAUGGUUUUGAGAAACAUCUACAUCAUUCACAUGGACAUAGGACAUUUGAAAAUCCAUUCGCUGGAGCACCAAAUCUCGAGGAAUACGUUUUUCCUGAUGCUAGUGUGCCUAUUGGAUCGAAGACAGCAAUUGUUGCACCUAAAUUUGUCAAUGCUCCAACAAUUGUUGAAAGUACCAGUCCCUUCUCGACACGAGUAUGA